AUGCUGAGUGAGUUCAGUGUAACUCAAAAGGAGUUGAAAGAUCUCACUAAACUUUGGUUUUGUAGUUUCCUUGAGCACCUCAACGUGGGCGGCUGCCACCGACUCACCGACCUCAGCCCGAUCAAAGGAUUACAGCGACUUUCUUGGAUCGACAUAUCCGACACCUCUGUGGCCGACCCGUUUACAACGUUUUCUCAGAUGUCACAGCUGACGGAAGUACAGAUGAUCGGGCGCAACGGGCGAGAUGACCUCCGUGAACUGAAGGGCGCAACUAAGCUGAAGACUCUGGAGGGAGCUCGAACAGCACUCACAGGGCUUGAGAGAACCGCCACUUCUUCUUUGCGAGAGAAAGCCAACGUAGGCCGCUACACGCGUGUGAGAAAUCUCUUUCCUUUCACAGCAUUCCAUCAUAACUACGUCGGGACAUCGUUCACGUCCAUUGCAGACGUCGGACCUCUCCACUCCUUCGACGCACCGGAGUAG